UCCUUUUUCCUCUUCUUGAAAACCCAUUUAGCUUUUUUCCUCAAAGUUAAUGGGUUCCACCUAUGCGAUCCAUUCUUGGUUAGAGUGAGAAAGUGUUGCAUCUUGCAUGUUCGUUGUAUAGGUCAGAAUAGAUAGAUGUUGCAACGAGCUGCAAGCAAUGCAUACUCAUGGUGGUGGUCAAGCCAUGUCAGGACAAAGCAGUCCAAAUGGCUCGAUCAGACCCUUCAAGAUAUGGAAGAGAAGGUCCAAAAUGUGCUUGGCCUCAUUGAAGGGGAUGGAGACACCUUUGCCCAGAGGGCAGAAAUGUACUAUAAGAAAAGGCCAGAACUUAUAAACUACGUGGAAGAAUCAUACAGAAUUUUCCGAGCGUUGGCUGAAAGGUAUGACCACUUAUCAACUGAGUUACAAAAUGCCAACACCACCAUUGCUUCUGUUUUCCCCGAGAAAGUCCAGUUAUCAAUGGAUGACGAAUACGAAUGUGGCUCUCUUGGAAUUCCAGACAAUAUUUCACAAGUUUCAACCAAUAAUAUCCCAAAAGUUCCAAAGUUUCCAAAUAGAGAUCUACAAAUGUCAACUCCAAAUAAGAAGUCACCAAAAAGAGCAAAAUUCAACUUAGUUGCUAAAUCUGGUUUGAGCGAAUCUGAGGCACUUGAAGAGAUUGACAAGCUUCAGAAAGAAACUUUGGCCUUGCAAACUGAGAUGGAGUUUGUGAAGAGCUCUUAUGAAACUGCACUUGCAAAAUACUGGGAAAUAGAGAAGCAGGUCUCAGAUAAACACGAGAGAGUUUUCAGUUUGCAAGAUGAAUUUGGUGUGGGAAAGGUUAUUGAGGAUGAUGAGGCUCGGAAUUUGAUGGCGGAAGCAGCUCUAAAAUCAUGCCAAGAGACCUUGUCUCAGUUGGAGGAGAAACAAGAUAGAUCGACCAAGGAAGCAAGAGAAGAAAACGAAAAGAUUGAGGAUGCUCGUGAGAAACUGAAGUCCUUCAAGCAGAAGUUUUCUCAUGAUCAAACUGAUGAAGAAAAUCCCUGUGACAAAGAUGAGUCCCCGAAAGUGGUGGAAGAGCAGUCACAACCCAUGAACCAAGAAGCACACGGUGUCACAAAAGAGAGACGUGAAUUGGAGUUGUUACGGGACAAGAUUAAGGAACACUUUGAGGCUGGAUCCAAACGUGCGGCACAAGAGAGAGAGGAAUUGGAAUUAUUACAGAACAAGAUUAAGGAACAUUUUGAGGCAGGCUCCAAAGUAUCCGUCACAGUGACAGAAUUAGCAGAGAAGAUUGAUGAGCUUGUCCAUAAGAUAAUCAGCCUAGAAACUGCAAUUUUAUCUCAGACUGCUCUUAUAAACAGAUUAAGAACAGAUACCAAUGAUCUUCAAGCACAUAUAAGGAGCUUAGAAGAUGAUAAGACCACUCAGAUUGAUGGCUCGGACAAUUUGAGCAACAGGCUAAGGGAUAUUGAGGCAAAGUUGGACAAACUUCAGGAUCUAAACCAGAAUAUUGAGAACCGAAACAACAACCUCCAAUCCCAUUUUACUGAAGCUCGUUGUAGUCUUGAGCAAUUGACCAACAAACUGCACAGUGCGAAGCCUGAUGAAGAUCUUGAGAUUACAGAGUCAUCACAAGGAGAGAGGUCUGAGAUUACAGAUUUAUUACAAGAAGAAGGGUGGUCUCUUAGUGAAAUCAAAUCACAACAAGAUUCAGAAAAACAAAGUAUGCCAAGUCCUAGUGAUGGUUUUGUGAAUACCAGAGAUUCAAGAACAGCAGGCGCGCAGAAUAAUUAUGAACAGAUUCAAGGAGAAGAGGAAGAAAAAGUUUUGCGGUCCUGGGCAAAUGAUGCUGCGAGAUGGAAGAUCCCAGAAUCACCAGACCAAGUUGGUAAAUAUGAUUUGUCGCCGACGCCAUAUACUCUUCCUGACACAAAUUUACAGGAAAUAGCAACAGCAAACGAAAAUGGAAUGAACUGGCUACAUAUGCUUUUGGAUGGAUUGGAGGAUAAAGAGAAAAUUCUGUUGAGAGAAUAUACUAUAAUUCUCAAGAAUUAUAAGGUUGUUAAGAAGAAGCUCAGUGAAGCAGAGAAGAAAAAUAGGGAUAGCCGCUUUGAAAUGACAGUGCAGCUUAGAGAACUGAGGAGUGCUGUUGCGAAGAGGGACAAAGAGAAUCAAUCUUUACGUCAGAAACUGAAACAUUUGCUUGCCAGUUCUGAUGGAAGUAAGGAUUUGGAAUAUAAUGACUUGCCAUACUCUGACAUGUUAAAUGAUCAAAGCACUAAACCUGAAGCAACAACUGGGGCUCAUGAUAUUUCAGAGAGUCUACUGAUAGAGAAGGAAGAAGAAGAUAUUAAGUUGAUUAUGCCUGAUGAAACUCAAAACGUCUCCCCUAUUGAAGAAAAGCUCCAGAUGAACAUCGAUGCAAUCCUAGAUGAGAACCUGGACUUCUGGUUGAGAUUCAGUACUUCUUUUCAACAGAUGCAGAAAUUUAAAACCGGUUUCCAAGAUUUGCUAGAUGAAUUAUCGAAACUAAAGGAAAAAGUAAAGACAAAGCAAGGGGGAAGUAUGACAACAGACCAAAAAUCAGAUUUCCGGGCAAUAUACAGGCACCUCAGAGAGAUGCAUGGUGAAAUGACAGUAUGGUUAGGACAAAGUGCAUUGCUGAAAGAUGAACAGUUACGCAGAUUCACUGCUUUGUGCUACAUUCAAGAAGAUAUAACAAAGGCUUUAAAAGCUUGUGUGGAGCAAGAAGAAAUGAAGUUCACUAGUCAUCAAGCUGCAAAGUUCCAAGGUAAGGUUCUGCAGAUGAAACAAGAGAAUAAUAAGGUUAGAGGUGAACUACAAGGAGGCUUGCAUCAUGUAACUGCACUCCAACAUGAAAUUGAUAAGACCCUAAUGAAGCUGAACGAGGAAUUUGGGGUUUCUGGAUCGAUGCAUCGUAGGCAAUCACAACUCAAGAACUCAACAAGUCGGUCUCGAAUCCCUUUACAGGCAUUGAUAUUUGGUACUAAAGCAAAAAAACCCAAGAAUUCACUCUUCUCCUGUAUGAGUCCUGCAGUUCACAGAAAAGACCAUGAUACGAGAUCAUAAAAAUUGUGUUCUUUCAUUGUAUACAGGUUUUUUUCUUUUCUUUUUUUCUUAUCCUAUAUAUGGGUAAUAUCUGGUAGGUGCCAGAGGCUUUCUUCCCUCUUCUUGUGUCAAAACUUUCAGUGCAUUCUUUUGUUUUCUGUUUUUGUGGGUUUUUUUUCUUUCAAGUUAUUAUUAUUCUGUUUAUGUCUUCCUCUUUCUUUCCUUCUCAGAUGGACUUGAUGAAGGAAAGGAAAAGAGAAUGUAAAUAACAUCAUUUCUCCUAAUUUGAUCA